AUGUCAGAAAAAGAAGCAGCUCGUUUUGAAGAAGCAGAAAGAAAAAGAAUAGUUAUUAUAACAAUCACAGCAAUAAUAUGUUUCAUAGUUGGAUAUAUUGUACGGAAUUAUACGAUCCUAGUGGGAUUAAUAUGUGUUUUGAAUAUAUACCUUAUAACUGGAAACAGAUAUCAAUGGCUGUACAUUUGGAAGAAAACAUUCUACAGGGAUAUGCUUGGUCUCCGCGUACUUCUAGUAACGAUGUUCACAAUAUGGUUGUGGGAACGAAGAGGUGUUACUGUGGUCAGCAGAUGGAAUAAGAUUUCACAAAAAAACCCUGACAAGAAAGCAUUCGUUAUGGGAAACCGAUCUUUGACUUUUCGAGAGGGCGAUCAAUUGAGUAAUCGUAUGGCUUGGUAUUUCAAACGGCAAGGUUUUAAAACGGGAGAAGUUGUAGCGUUGUUCAUGGAAACGCAACCUGAGUAUGUGUUUCUGUGGCUAGGAUUGGCCAAACUUAGGAUAACCACAGCUCUAGUGAAUACAAAUCUACGCGGGGAUCAAUUGAUACAUUGUUUAAAAAUUGCGAAAUGUAAGGCAGUUAUAUUUGGGGAUGAAAUGAUUGACGCGAUCAAAGCGAUUCAAAGUCAAAUACCAGAUAUCCCCCUUUACCAAUUCAAUGCAGUUGAACGACCAACAGCGCCAAUAGUGAACGAUGCAACGUUUUUGAACGCUGAGUUAAACGAGAUGUCUUCUGAUUCAUUUACUGAUAUAGAACCAGCAAAACCAAGAGACACUUUGUUAUAUAUUUACACAAGUGGAACAACAGGUUUUCCGAAAGCCGCAAUUAUUACUAAUAUAAGAUAUCUUCUCAUACCGCUAGGCGUUCAUACAUCUGGUCGACUAACAUCUUCCGACGUAGUCUACGAUCCUUUACCCUUGCAUCAUACAGCUGGUGGAGUGCUAGGUGCGGGACAGUGCCUUAUCCUGGGUUGUACUGUGGUACUAAGGAAGAAGUUCUCCGCCAGUAACUAUUGGAUAGAUGCUGCAAAGCAUGGCUGUACGGCUGCUCAAUACAUCGGUGAAAUCUGUCGUUACUUACUGUCAGUACCACCGAGCCCACACGACCGUGCUCACAGCGUGCGUGUCUUGAUUGGAAACGGAUUGAGACCGCAAAUUUGGCAGGAAUUCAUUGACAGAUUUGCUAUCAAACAGGUCUUGGAAUUUUAUGGUGCUACUGAAGGCAACAGUAAUUUAAUUAACUUAGAUUCCAAAAUAGGUGCCAUUGGAUUUUUAAGUCGUCUCGUAUCAUCUAUAUACCCCUUGAAUUUGGUUAAAUGCGACGAACUGACUGGUGAGAUUUUAAGGGACAAAAAUGGGAGAUGUAUCAACUGUGGACCGUUUGAGCCAGGAUUAUUGUUGGGCAAAAUCGAUCCUAAGAAGGCUAUUUUAACGUUCGCUGGAUACGCUGAUAAAACUGCGUCAGAAAAAAAGAUGGUCAGAAAUGUUAGAGUUGAAGGAGAUUGUUACUUUAAUACGGGAGAUAUUCUUGUCAUGGAUCAUUAUGGCUAUUUUUACUUUAAAGACAGAACUGGCGAUACAUUUAGAUGGCGGGGUGAAAAUGUUUCAACUGCAGAAGUAGAAGCUGUUAUAAGUAAUUUAAUAGGACUAAAAGAUGCAGUAGUUUACGGUGUUAGUAUACCAAACGUCGAGGGUAAAGCGGGAAUGGUGGCAAUCGCAGAUCCGGAGAAAAAGUUAGAUGUUACAUCACUUGCUCAAGGCGUUAAUACCUCACUCCCGGCCUACGCCAGGCCCUUAUUUGUCAGAAUCUUACCAGAAACUCCUCUCACAGCUACAUUCAAAUUAAAAAAGAAAACUUUAAUGGAUGAAGGGUUUAAUAUAAAUUUAUACAAUGACCCAGUAUACUUUUUAGACCAAAAAUUGGGUUCAUAUAUUCCUGUAACCCAACAAGUAUAUGAUGAUUUGAUAAAAGGUGUCAUAAGGCUUAAUAGAGAAAUAUGA